CUGGCUAGGACUCUUGGAAACCUGGAAAGAGCCUUGCAGUUUACCAUAUUUGUAUCAGUCAUACAUUACUUUUAUAAACAUUUUCAAUGCUGUGGAAACAGAAAACCUAACCCUUUUUUUGUCAGAACCAAGAAACCAGUUCAUCUACACCUGUUUCUUCAUAUUUAUUGACUGCAAAUCUAGUCCUUUCCUAUAUGCUUCUCUCUCUCUUGAAGAAUUUUUUAGAUUUUCUGUGCUCAAGAGCCUGGUUAGCUCUUCUUGUUCCAAUAUGUGCAGUCUUAUCAUCAUCCAGCCAUGGAUCUUUCUUGAUCCCGAUCACUUUCAUCCUCCUCUCAACUAUCUUCCUCUUCACAUUCUCCAAAAAAGCAGCAGCAAGUGAGGCAUCAUCAAAUCAAGAAAAGCACCAAUCGGAGGCCGGGGAAGAAGAGGUGGUGUUGAUGGGGUCACAAGAUAUGUACUCAGAGAGUGAGAGCAUGGAACAGUUUUCAUCAAGUGAAGAUCACUCAUCUGAUAUAGAGCAGAGGCUGGACUGCUCGGAUGAGGAGAGCCUCAUUGAGAUAGCAAUCCCAAGUGGGCAGUUUGGGUGGAAUAAUGUCAACUGCUGCAAAGAGUUUCACAAGGAUUUCUGGGCAGAGAUGAGUGAGAUCAAUGAAGAGGAUGAUAACUUGAUUGAGAUUGACAUCAAUAUUGGUUCCAUUAAGUGUUGAUGGAGCAAUCAAGAUCUUGUGUUUUUUGAUCCAUUUGGAUUCAUUGUUGGUAACAGCAUGAGUGGUUUGGAUCUCUUUUUCUUUUUUUUUUUAUUUCAACCAUGAUUAAUACCCUGUUACAAAGGCAACAGAUAUUCAAAAUCUUAAUUUGUACAUGGCCCCUAUGUUUCUUGUGAAUACACAAUCAAGUUAUGAUUGACAUUUGAUUCCCACUUUGCUUUA